UGCAUAAUGGUUGAACUUUCCAGGAGCCAAAAUGAUAAAAACUUUGGAAAAUGACAUUUAUAAGUCGAAAAAGAAUUUAAACAAUGUUAUUGAAUUAAUGAAUUAUAUGGAUUAUCAAACCCAUUCAUUAGAAGAAGUGAAUGAGGCAGCAGCUGCGCUUUGUCGUGUUUUCAGUCAUUUCUUUAAAACGAAGGAGCUCAAACGCCCCGAUGCUGAUGAUGAAUCUGCGGGUGCCAUGGUCCAAAAUUGGAUUUCCGAUAAUUUCAUUUCAUUCACAGAAAAAUUGAUGCAGGUAUAUUCAGAACCCGAUGUGGAUGCCUUGCAGGUAUCGUUUUUGACAAUAGCCUUACGUCUUUGCAAGGCUGAAUCAUACUUGGACCCAAAUGGACUUUUAAGAAAUCAAUUGUAUUUUCGAAUUUGUACCGCUUUAGCUGCAGCAUCGAAUUUAUCGGACCUUUGUGUUCAAGAUUUCGUGCAAUCGUAUCUCACUAAAUACACGGAUUUGUUAUAUUAUUUCUAUAAGAACGUCUCGAAAAUAGCUAGCGCAUACACAGAAGAUGAUUUAUCGGGCUUUUCGUCAGAUGAAAUUCAUACACUUGCUUCAAAUAUUAUUCGCAUAGUCUCACUCAUACCUUCUCCGCUCUCAUCAUCUUUGUCCUGGGCAUCUACGCUUUCAUCAAAUGUCGAGCAAUCAUCAUCCUUAAAGCGCGCCUUCCAAGAUGCUUGGUUGUCCGCAUUGUCUCUUCCUCUUUCAAUCGAUCUCUAUAAACGGAUUUUGAGUGUUAUCCACAAGCGCGUGAUUCCCUUCCUUCCCAAGCCAACAAUGCUUAUGGAUUUUUUGACUGAUGCAUACAAUUCUCAUCAUACCGUUGCGUUGCUAGCCUUGAAUGGUCUUUUCACUCUAAUCAUGGAGCACAAUCUUGAUUAUCCUUUGUUUUAUCCUAAACUUUAUGCUCUUCUGGAUAGAAAUUUAUUGUACUUGCGUACAAGGUCUCGCUUCUUCCGUUUACUCGAUUUAUUUUUGUCCUCUACUCAUUUGCCUGCUACGGUCAUUGCUUCUUUUAUUAAAAAAUUGGCCCGUCUAGCUUUAACUGGAUCACCUGGUGCGAUUGCUAUCGUUAUUCCUUUUAUUUACAAUUCUUUACAGCGUCACCCAAGUUGUAUGCGAAUGCUCCAUCGGGAUGUCAGCGAAGAAGAUGAUCCUUUUGAUAUUCAGCAACCUGAUCCUUUGCUGACAUCUGCAAUUGAUUCUUCACUUUGGGAAUUGCAUACGUUGCAGAAUCAUUACUAUCCCAACAUUGCUAGUUUGGCUGGUAUCAUGAGUCAACAAUUCACCAAACCUCGUUACGAGUUAGAGGACUUUCUAGAUCACAACUACGCUACUAUGUGCGAUGCAGAACUGCGAAGACCGAUAAGAAUUGAACCACCUAUUGAAUAUGAGAAGUGUACUCUUUCUUCCUAUCUUGACGAUUCUUGGGCAUAAAUUUGGAUUGGGUUUAAAAUUUUAAGUUGUUUAAUAAAAUUGGGUUAUCAUGGUUAUAUUUUCUACUAGAAUACUUCAAAAAUAAAAUUCUAAAACGAUAUGUCCUAGUUGAUAUGUACAUCAGUCAGGAGUAAUUGCAUAUAUUCUCGC